AUGUAUGACCUCAACGUGCCCACUCAAUUUGGCCCGGCCACCAUCCGGAUCGGCUUUCCUCGCUCCUCGCUCCUCAGCUUCCCUCCAGCAGAGCUUCCGGUGACCAUCCCUGCGCCUCAUGUUUCGGAAUUCUCUUGGAAGCAACCAUUCAAUAUCCCCAAUGACCUCUUCAACCAAGUGCUGGAUGUGCGCGUCCCCAUCACCAUUGCCACUGUCUACGCCUUGACCGUGGUAUUGAUCAGUCGCAUCAACAAGAGUCGCGGCUACAAACCCUAUGCCUUCAGCCACUCGCGCCUCUUUAAACUGUUCGUGGUCCUUCAUAAUGUUUUCCUGGCCAUCUACUCCGCCUGGACGUUCGCCGGUAUGGUCCAGGCCUUUGGCAAUUCCUGGCCGGAUCGCACCGAUGCCAACGGUAUCGUCGGCGUCGUGGAUUCGCUGUGCAAAAUCAAUGGCCCCCGUGGAUACGGUAACGCCGCUGUCUAUAGUACCAUCACCGACGAAUGGUCAAUUCCCAACCCGGCCUAUAACCUGAGCAACGGUCUCCCCGAUUCGACCGACGUGGGCCGCCUCUGGAACCAGGGUCUGGCCUACUUUGGCUGGCUCUUCUACCUGUCCAAGUUCUACGAGGUCGUGGAUACCGCAAUCAUUCUGGCCAAGGGUAAGAAGAGCUCGACUCUGCAGACAUACCACCACGCUGGUGCUAUGAUGUGCAUGUGGGCUGGUAUUCGUUACAUGGCAGCUCCUAUCUGGAUCUUUGCCCUCGUGAAUUCGGCUAUCCAUGCCAUGAUGUACACCUAUUACACCUUCACGGCAUUGCGCAUUCGCGUCCCCGGUGUGAUCAAGCGCAGCUUGACCACCAUGCAAAUCACCCAAUUUGUCCUCGGAACAAACAUGGCCGCUGCCUACCUCUUUGUCGAGUACACCCUCCCAUACCCCGCCGGUAGCACCGCCCUGCGCCACCUGUCCAAGGUUGCGCCCGCCGUAGCCAGUGUGGCCAGUGCCACCGCCGAAGCUGGUGCCAUUCCCUGGCUCAAGAAGCUUGCUCUCCGCGCCGCUGGUGCCGAGGGACUCGCAGAGAAUGUCGGUAGUACCGGCGCCGCCCCCGUCGCCAGCUCCGGAUACACCCAGGAGAUGGUAACCUGCAUGGACACCACCGGCCAGGCGUUCGCGAUCUGGCUUAAUGUCUGCUACCUCCUUCCCCUUACCUAUCUGUUUGCCCGCUUCUUCGUGCGCUCGUAUCUGAAGCGCAAGGACACCGGUAUUAAGCAGUCAACACACAUGGAAGCCGCCGAAAAGGCCGGUAUCGACGCUCUCAAGGGCCUCAGCCGUGAGAUCCAGAGGGCAGCUAUUGAGGGUGAGAACAGCGAGGCCACUGACGAGGAGGUCAUCAAGGCGCACGUGCAAAAGAUUGUGCAGCAGAAGGCCACACCAGAUUCGCCAAUCCGCACUCGUGCCUCGGCUGCUAACAAGGCCAAGGCCGCAGCUACCCACCAGUCUAGUUCUGAUGAUGGAUUCUCUACCGUGCCCGUGAAGAAGGGUGCCAAGAAGCAACGAGGAGGCCAAGAUUCCCCUACUAGUGUGCCCGACACUAAGGGACAAAACCCUUUCGGAGUCCUUGAUAACAAUGCAUGA